GGAGAGUAUCAGAGGGGGCGUUCGAAACACGCUGGUGGUUGUGACUGACGGAGAGAGUAUAUUACAGCAUGGCGAUAUUGGACAGGAGUAGAGGUGGAUACAGAGUGUUUGUUGGUGAUUUGGGCAGUCGAGUGGGGAAACAUGAAUUGGAAAGGGAGUUUGGAGUAAUUGGAGACAUAACAGAUGUUUGGGUCGCAAGGAAUCCGCCAGGAUUUGCUUUCCUUGUGUACAAGUAUUCGGACGAUGCAGAACGAGCUGUGAGGAAGCUCCAUGGAAGGUUAGUGUGUGGUCGAAGGGUGCGAGUCGAGCACGCCAUUCCCUAUGAAGAGAGAGCAGCAGCACAAGCCAUGCGAAUCAGCAGACACAGUGGUAACUACAGACAUAAUAGACACUCGUACUCGAGAUCACGCUCAAAAUCAAGGUCCAGACAUAGUUCAUCGUCACGGAAACGUAGACGACGCUCUCGCUCACUCUCUAAAGAAAACAGGUAUAAAAGGAGCAGGAGGUCAAGGUCAUACUCAAGGUCAAGGUCCCCCAUGAGUAAGAGAUCCAAGAAUAGGCGGAGAUCCUCAUCACACACAAGAAAACACAAAUCAAGGUCAUAUACAAGGUCAAGGUCAAGGUCUAGUUCAACAUCAAGGUCUCACAAAAGAAAGAAAAGCAGGAGGUCAAGUUCCUCCCCCAGGGAUAGAAAGAAACACUGUGUAAGGUCCAGGUCAAGAUCCAGGUCUAGACAAGAAACACGUUCAAAAUCCAAGUCCCCUGGACAGGCUGUAAAGAGCAAGUCUAUAUCUCGACAAAACUCUUCAAAGUCACAAGAAAGUAACCACAAAGAGAGAUGCUCUAGGUCGCCAUCAUUACCACGGAAGUCUGAGGACCUGGCUGAUAGUAUAUUGAUCUCCGAGGACCAGUCCGCAUCACCAAAGGUGGAAUACCCCAGAUCUCCAUCAUUACCACGGAAGUCUGAGGACCUGGCUGAUAGUAUAUUGAUCUCCGAGGACCAGUCCACAUCACCAAAGGUGGAAUACCCCAGAUCGCCAUCAUUACCACGGAAGUCUGAGGACCUGGCUGAUAGUAUAUUGAUCUCCGAGGACCAGUCCGCAUCACCAUUACCUCAGAAUGAAAUGUCACCACAGACAUCACCAAAGUCCUCUGAAGACCAGUCGUCGUCACCAAGGGAACCUGCAUCGAGACGAAAUGUCACCACAGACAACCCCAAAGUCCUCUGAAGACCAGUCGUCGUCACCAAGGGAACCGCAUCGCAACGAAAUGUCACCACAGACAUCACCAAAGUCCUCUGAAGACCAGUCGUCAUCACCAAGGGAACCGCAUCGCAACGAAAUGUCACCACAGACAUCACCAAAGGUGGACCAACUAUCACCCAACUCUAGUCAGCAGAGAUUACUCCUAGAAAGCAGUCAAACUGACCCCUUCUCAGGGUCAGAAUCAAGGUCAAGGUCAUUGUCUCCUGUCACUUUAAAGCAAUUUUCAGAUGACAAUCUGGAGAAGCCUUCAUAUGAAAGAGGCCUGAUACAUGAUGAAAGUUCGGACACCUUGGGACUCCAGACAUGUAAUGACCAAUUAAAGCACAGUGUACCACCAGUGGACCCCAGGUAUGACAGUGAUGACAGUGACAUACCAUGGAAAAGAAAAUCUUGAUAAAACACAAACUACCAGCCUCUUGAAAGGAAGAAAUGACAAGAGCAUCUCUCAACUACUCAAACUGCAACUACUAAAAAGAGAUGUAACAACAGCUCCAUGUACACCAACUACACAAAAGGAAAGCAACACCACCAACUAAAAUAUGACACCUACUCAAUAGUAAUUAAACAGCUGAGCUCAGUACCAGAAUGUAAAGGGAGAUAAAUCUUGCUAGAAAGAGUGCCAUCAUCUACUCAGGGGAGAUCACUCAGGCUUACUCUUUGCCAUCUGAGAGGAUACCAUGCCACUACAACCACUUUAUCACUCAAUCACUCAAACCUGUGCUUGGCUGCUCACCCACUACCAAUAGGUCAUUGUGGUCACUAGGACCCUCCCGCAUUGGUCACUCACGAUCACCACAAAAACUAGACCAACGUUGAGGAAGUGUCAUGUAGAUGAUGUUGUAAACACAACAUCAGAGUCCUCAAAUUCCAUGACUGAUUACACCUUCGGUGAUGUGAACUCAAGCAACAUGACCAAGGAAUCCAUUAAUUUGACCAGGGACUCCUUCAAUGUUACAAGCACCUCCAGUGAUAGGACUGCUGAAGCCAUUAAUUUGUCUGAUAACUCCAUUAAUUUGUCAGACAACUCCAUUAAUUUGACAGACGAAUGCAGCAUGUUGGAUGUUGAGGGCUGAAAACAAGAUGAACCUCUUUCAGGUUGCUAAGGAAAUCUGCCUCUGAUAUUGUAUGUCAAUUCUUCACAUGUAUUUUGUCAUAUUUUACAUUUGUGUUGAAAAUUAAUUUAUUUGUAAUAAUUUUCAAGAUCGAAUCACAGUUAUUGAUUUAUCAUUACCGGUAAUAUUUAAAUCAUUUGUUUGGGUGUUAUGUCAUAUAUAUACAUGUAUUUGAUAGUUACAAUUUUUCUUUCAUUUAUUACAGGGUAAGUACUGUGCUGUAGUGAAAUAUUAAUUUAAAACCUAUGUAGAUGCACUCUAACAUUUUGAGGGGAGGCUGUUGAUGAUGGUGGGCUAUUAAAUCAUCUUUUAUCUGUGGUCUGUCCAUCCGUAAACAAUCCUUGUGGUCUGUCCAUCCGUAAACAAUCCUUGUCGUCACUAUUUCUCAGUAAGGUUUUCAUUGAUCUUUUUUCAUAUGUAGGUUAAUUCCCCUUGGUCUCGAGACCGACCUGAAAACAAAAAUAGCUGUCGACAGUCGUUUUGAAGUGUGAAAUUUUUUUUUUAUCCAUUUCUCAGAAAAAUUUCCCUAUGGAUCUUUCUCAAAUUUCUCAUGUAGGUUCCCCGAUGUCUCUAAUUGUGCAUAUUGAAUUUUGAGACUGAUCGGGGGAAAAAAAAAAAAAAAAAAUGGCCGACAGUCAUUUUGUAUUUGUUUGUUAUCGCUCUUUCUCAAAGAAGUUUCCUAGAUAGGUUACACUUUGUCCUUAUUUGUGCAUGAUGAUUUUUGAGACUGAUCAGAGAACAAAAUGGCAAACAGCCAAUGUCAAUGUCAAUUCUUAGCUCGUCUCUUCAAAGAAAAGGAAGAGCUUAUGUUGUCACCCCGGCAUUGGCGUCGGCGUUGGUUUUUCAAAUGUUACGUUUUUGGUGCAAGUGUUGAAAGGCAUAGUAAUUUAUGGUAAUAUGGUUCCUGUGAGGGUUAAACUAUCCCUUGCCGGAGUCAAACUAAAAGAUUUUUGGGGGGGAAAAUGAUUUUCUAAAUUUUUUUACGUUAAGUUUUUGGUGCAAGUGUUGAAAGGUAUUAAUACAUCACUUUAUAAUUGUACUAGGGUGCUGAUAUUUGGCAGUAGAGUCCCUCUAGAGUUAAACUAUAUCCUGCUGGAGUUAAACUAAAUGAUUUUUUGGGGGAAAAAAAAGAUUUUUCAUGUUUUUGGACAGGUGUUGAAAGGCAUAGUAAUACAUAGUAUUAGGGUCCCUGUGGGGGGUUAACUAUCCCUUUUCGGAGUUAAACUGAAGAACUAAAAAAAAAAAAAAAUUGGGGGGAAAAAAAGAA